AUGCGUGGGUACCACAGACCUGUGCGCCUUUCAGACCUUCAGCCUGACGCUGAGUCUGACAUAGACUUAGAUGGCCACCAGGAAAGUGCUGCUGCGCCUUUGGGGGGCCUACCGACCAUAAAAGCCGACUCUGAGGACCUUUAUUCCGCCCCUACGAGUAAACCAUGGACAGUAAGUUGGAAUGAUGAUCGAUUGGCGCCCACUGCCGGAGAGGAAGCCUUUGUACGACGUCCAGCCGCAUACUCCGACCCCAAUGCAAGCAACCAAAUGGCUCAGAGACAAAGCUUUGAGCGUCGUGACGACGUAGCGCUGGUGGGCGCGUAUGCUCCCCGGGAAGACGACCAGCAGCAGCAUUGCCCAGCAGGCCCCAGCGACUCCAUCCAGGGGUCAGGGGAGCAUAUUCAACCUUCUCGCCCACCCAGUAAUAAUAAUCGUGCUGACUGCAAAGAGGUGGAGCAGUCGGGCGCUAAGCCACUCCAAGAGGCAUCAUCGUCGAGGAACUGCGACAGUUUUCAAGACAAUGAAAAGGACGACGCUAUUUUACAGGCCAAUAAUAAUAAUGCAGCCUCUGCUCCCCGUGGGAACCGUCCGGAUCAUCUUUCACUUUCUACUACAAGCCCUCAAUCACAGUCCCAGAUUAUCCAAGACUUGUCAACUCGCAGUCGCAGGUGUAGUCCGCCCCCUGUAGCAACAACAACAACCUCAACAACAACAGCAUUCGACCAUCGACGAGGCGGCUCCCACGGUCAUCUUACCCUUGGCCAGCUGCCGUCAGUGUCAUCAUUGGGUGCUCAGGAAGCCGAUCUAGGCCCACCGCCAUCCCUUUCGCAGAAGCUUGGUGAGUCCAUCCGCCCAUUCCUGCAAACAAUUGAUGUCGUGGCUAAUUUUCUGCCAUCAGCCCAGGAUAAUUAUUCUCUGGUUUCUCUCCCAUCCGACAUAGGUGACGUCCAGCCGCGUAAUCCUGGCGGGACCUUGGGCGCCAGGACAAGCCACAGCGAUUAUUCUGAAAGGCUCUCUCCGGGCGCUUCAGCAGGUCAUGGGGCUGAACAGAACCGACUGAACGGAUCUGCCUAUUCACCUGGUCAACCGCCUUCGUCGACCAGGCCCCAAUCAACUCUCACCAUACAGUAUGACUGGUCGCGCCCGCCAGAACAGAUUUCCUCGUCGUCGCGGGACCCCGCAUCCCAUAGACAUUCCUCCUCGCGCAUGGAGAAAUUGAAGAGCAUGAGUCGAUUUCGCGGCAUUUCAAUGGGGUCAAAUCAGCCCGAUCCCAAGGCUGGACAAUCCUCGAAGAAACCCUUCAAUAGAUUGACUGGACUUUUUGGUCGCAGCCAGCACAAACAGACACAAUCAUUGGGACGGCCUGGGUCUUUCCCACAAGACAUUAGAAAGACACAACAAUAUCUCGCACCAGUCUUGUCACAGCCAACGUCGAGGAGGAUCACUCGCUCUUCUGUGUCCUCCUUUGACAAUCAGGAACCGCCUGUUUCCAUUACCGGCAGUCGCAAUAACUUCCAAGGCCAGCGCCCACCCGUUGAUGGAUACUUUGCGCGCGAGUCGCCCGAAUCGUUUUCUCUCGCUCAAGCGCACGAGCAUGUACCUAGCGCUGUCAACCAAAACCGAACAAGAUUAAGCUACACUUCGCCUACCGACCACGCGCGACUCUCGCCUCAAUCUCCACGAUACCAUCCUCUAUCGUCUAGCCCGCAGCAGCAGUAUCACCUCUCAUCGCCUAGACUUAGUUCCCCGCUCCCCUCCCCAGUCCCCCGCACACCGCCAUCCCGCGGCCGUUCUCAAGAGCGCACCUACGCUCAAGACCUCCAUCUCCGUUCCCGCAGUCCGAAGACGUUUGCUCCGCGGCCUGAGGAAAGAGACCUCCCCAACAACGACCCCUCAGAUCCGGCCUUCAAUCUAGGAACCUUCAGGACGAAUCCACGCACAAGCCGCGUGGGCGACCAAGAACUUCCUUGGAAGAUCACGAUUCCCGGUGAAUCCGAGGACACUCCCAAGGAUUCAUCAGCCACCUGGCGGCAGGAAACGACGGCAGGCGUCCUCAAUUGCACCCGAUUACCCAGCUACCAAGAAGACGCACAGGAACAUGGGCAGUCGGAUCCGCAUCAGUACCUGCAGGAUGAGAAGCGAGCUCCUUCUCCUUCCGGUCAUCCCGCUGUCCCAACUCUACAGCUCAACGAAAGUCACGAAACUGGUCAAAAUAAGAAUCCGCCCCCACCCCUAGAACAUCCGCACCGCAGCGGGGCCCGGGCAAUCAACACCUUCGAAACCCCAGUUGAGCUUCCUGUCACGGCAGACAAUGAUUCAAGCGAGGAAAUCAUAAUGUCGAGUACCUCUUACCCUGGUCAGGAAUGGCGCCCUCUCGGGUUCUCCGAAUGGGACCACCCAUGA